CGGAAGGAGGAGAGAAGAGAAAGUGGAGCGAGAUUGAGGGGACAGCAGCAACAGGCCGCGUGCGGGGCUGAAAGACAUGCGCAGAGUGGACCGACCGACACACACACACACACACACACACGCACGCGCGCGCAUAGAGUGAUCGUACACACCGAACACACACGCUGAGAGGGAAAGCGAUGCGCUGCUGUGUUCCUCCGUUUCUCCCCCUCCCCCCCCCUCCUUCUCUUCCCUGUGUGUCUCGCGGCACUCGGACCCCCCGCAGACGGACCCGCAGUGUUGACCAUGGCGGUGUCCAGCUCGACGGUCAUCACCCUCAACGCGAGCACGGUCCUGCUGCGGUGGGACGUGUCCAGUCCGCUCACCGUGGGCCUCAUGGUGCGGUUGCACGCGCUGGCCCGGCCGGUCACCGUCUCCACGGCCCCGGGCUUCCCAGCGGACGCGUCGUACACGGGGACGAGCGCCGGCUUGUGGGUGCCGCUGUCUCCCUGGGACGCGCACGUCAGUGUGUACGCGAGGGCCGAGAGCGCGGUCAACGUCAGCGUCUCCGCCGCGUCUUACUCCCAGCAAGACCCAGUCCCAGGGGCCUGCAACCUGGAGUUCAGGAUGGAGAACGACCCCAACGUCCACCUGAACUUCACAGAGUACGAGACGGUGGCGCAGUUUGCAGCGGCCAAUAUCGGCACUUCGAGGGGACAGACUCCGCCCCCCUGUGACGUGGACCAGGCCGCCCACUCGCGGUGGGAGCUCACCUACGAUGUGUACCACUACUUCCUGCCCGAGGGGGACCUCCGUGAGAGCACUCUGUUCGAGGCGCUUGGGGAGAUCUACUCGGUGGAGGCUCUGCAGCAGCGAGCCACUAAGGUGGCGUCGCUCAGUUCAAACGCCAAGACUCGGCUCUACGGGAACGCGUUCCACGGGUUAGGGGUCCUACACGUGGUGGUGGUCACGGACCCUGUCUUCAACACCUCCUCCCUCUAUGUUCCCGCAUCCACCUACAGCUGCUACUUCAGUUCCAUAGACCCGCCCUCCUGCCACACGCAAGGAGAAACCUUCUGGCUCGUGUUCCUCACCCUGCUGGGGGUCUACGGCCUGCUGGUUUGCUUCACGGGACAUCGCUUCCUGGAGGCAGAGUACUUCUUCUUCGGCUUCCUGGUUUGCAGUUUCCUGUGUGUGGCGCUGGUGGCGCGAUUCUCAGGAGAAAGUAUACAGCUGUGCCUCGUGUACGGCGCUGUGGCCGGCUGGGUGGGCGGGGGUCUGUGCGCCCUGUGCAGGUGGAGGUUCGGCACACCUGUCCUCCUCACCUUCCUGGCGGGCGUGGCCCUGGGGACCCUCCUGGCGGCUGUUGUCAUGGUCACACCUCUUGUCAAUGAGGGGGUGAUGAGGAGCGAUGUCCUCUACUGGACCUGCGUGACAGCCAUGGCGCUUGUCCUGCCCACACUCCUGCUCACCUGCACCAGAGCUCUCAACAUGAUGGCCAGCGCGGUGGUGGGCUCGUACGCGGCGGUCCAGGCGUUGGGGCUCUACCUGCACACCGCACACCCCCAGAUCAUCGUGAGCGCCCUGCUGCGGCGGGCCGUGAGCCCCCUUUACCAGCAGGCCGUCCUGGUCCUGCCCUUCCAGACUCUCGACUGUCUCCUGACCGUCCUCUGGGGGGCGCUGGUGCUCUUCGGGCUCCUCUCCCAGUGGUGCCUCACCAGGACCAGAGCCCCCUUCCCUCCGUGCCCCUACCAGAGGCAGGUGGCCGGACCCCCCGGCCCCCCCGACGAGAGGAGCCCCCUACUGGGGGCGGGGCAUCGCUGAGGGGAUUGUGGGACUGUGAGCGCAGGGAGGGGUUGUCCUACCACAGUAGAGCCUCUAGCGCCCCCCUCCCACUGACCGCGCUCCGCACACGAACCCCGUUCACUGGGACCUUUCGCUGAUUCUGCACGAGGGAUGAAACACAAUGUAACUGCUGUUAUGGACUGUGACAGGAAGCAGUGAACUGUCACUAGGGACAGUAACAUUGUUAGGGACAACUACAGGGAACAGGAAGUAGGUAUCUGCUAUUGGGGACGGUGACAGAAAGUGGGCAACCGUUUAUCUAUAAGGGAAGGGUGUCUGUGUACAGCUGUGCAGGGGGUGGGAGGGGCUUGACCCUCUGUGUUCAGGUCCACUUUCAGGUUCCACUCCGGUGACUAGAGCUCCCCCAGUGGGUGAGGAGGGAACUGCAGCGGUAGACUGAGGUGGAGGGCGAUGAGCGAUUGCAGCAUCGGUCAGAAGAGCAUCACACACCAGGGACCUGAAAACCAGCCUUUACACUGUACUUCUAACACGCACAGUGAA